UGUUCUAUUAAAAGAUUACUGUAAGAAAGUAAUUCGUGAUCAAAUGUAACAACAAAUACUGUUUGUUGUAUAUUUCAUCAAGAUUUUGAACAUAUAUUUGAGUAACGCCAUUACGUUUGUUCGCGGUAGACUGGGGAUAGUGGCAGAUGCUUUUCGAACACAGCCUGAUUCUAUGAUUCAAAAUUUGCAAACUUUGAACUUUUUAACAAGGAAGUGCUUGUUCUUUGCCCUGUCUUACUUGGUAAUAGAUGUAAAUUACGUAUAAAAAUUUAAUGUACCCUUGACUCAGCGGAUCGAAGAUGAUAUGUUACUCAUGUGAACACUUCCUUUCUUAAGGUAAUUGCUGUACGAAACACGAUCGAUCCACAGCGUGGCAUAAAAAUAGUGAAAUAAGAACUAUACUCGAUGUUUAUACGUAUUAUUCGAGAAAAACAAUAUUCACGUUGAUCAGUCGAUUCGAAUAGUACUUUCGAAUAUAACUCUGCGGUUGAUCAAUGAUAGACUGAAUUCAAUUUAACAAAAUCAAAUCAUUUUAAUACGUAUCACCUGCCACGCAGCUGUAUACAACAUAAUGCAUCGAUAUGAUGUCUAUGCCAUUGUUAAAUUACUGUUUUUCGACUGGAAUAACUUCGUUAAUACAUUAUAGAAAGAAAAGGAAUCGCUUGCCGAUACGAGUGCGAUGAUUUACAUGUGCGAAUGUCGAAAACGAUCUCAUCGUCUAGUUUUCUAGAUAGCUGGAGGAAAUGUUUGGUACAUUCAAAAUUCUAUUCAGUUUAGUGGAAUUCGAUGUUUUUGAUUGGACAUCUGUGGUUUUUUAAAAAAGUAUUGCAUGAAACAAAGAGCACCAAAAUGUCUACAUUAAAACUGAGUAUGCAAGAUAAAAAGGACUUGGAUAAGUUCACCAAAUUUUUGGCAUUGAAAGCUGCUCAAAUUAUAGUGCAAUCGAGGUCAGGUGAAAAGGUCAGCACAAAGUGUAAGCCAAAUUCAUCUGGAACUGAUUGGUUCAACUUAGCUAUUCAUGAUGUACCAGAAGUUUUGGCAGAAGCAAAAAGGGCACUCUGUGGAGAAAUAGUAAAUUCAACCAUACCUCUAUGCAUUGAAAUUUCUCUAAGAACCGUUGAAGGUGACACAAUGGUUUUAGAAACAUGGAGUCUUGGUGUUCUACCAGAACAUAGCGAUCCUACUGUAAGAGUAACAUAUACAAUAUACAACAGGAUGGGUAUUUUAUUGAAAUCAUUGUUGUCUGUGUCAAGAAUUACUCCAGCUUAUAAAUUGAGUAGGAGACAAGGUCCAGAUUCCUAUGUUAUUUGUUAUAGAAUUUAUAUGGGAGAACCUCAGUUACAUACAUUAGGUGAUAAUUAUAAACAUGUGAGAGUAGGUCAGUUGUGUACACCUGUGGGUACAAUUCAUUUAUCAGUAUCAUAUAGAACAAAAAUGACUAUAUCUCCUACUCAUACUGGCCGUGAUUCAAUAAUGUUGAAGAGUGAUCAUUUUCAUUCUGACUUAAGUCCUCGUCACGCGAGAUAUCAACAAAGUGAAGAAACAUCAAAAUCGCUCAGCGAUACUAUUAAAGUUGGAGCCUUUGUUGUAAAUAAGCCUGUUACUGUUAACGAAGAGGACUUUGUUAUACCAGAUGUACCUUUUAGUUCGUUGCUAACUCCUAGACAAACAUCACCUCCUCCAGUAUCAGUAGCUGAGAUUACAGCUACAAAGACUGUAGUAACCGCUACUCUAACAGAUAGCAGUAACGGAAAUAAUGAAAGACUUACAAACGAUAAUACGACGUCGAAGUGCAACUCUCAGAAUGGAUCAAGGAGAAGUAGUUGCUCAAUGACCAGUGCCAACGACGAUUUUAUUAUGGUAGAUUUGAAAACUCCCUUCGCUGUGACAAACACCAACAGCGAUUUAGGAGCGUUCUAUCGCGAAUGUCAAAGUGCACCUCAACUUCAAGCUUUCAUGGAGGAAAGGACACUUGCAGAGCAAGUAGGAGACCUCACUAAACAGUUGGAAACAUUUGAAACAAAUAUGCGGCGGUAUGAGGAUAUUCUGUCGUCAUUAUGUCAAACAGAAAAUAAUAACUAAUGUCAAAAUCGAACAAUGCAAUGCUAGGUGCUUGAACAAGAAAUGCUGAUAUAUACAAGCUGCAUAUAGUAUUUCGUCAUAAAUUUAUGCGAUUUUCAUUACAUCCAUCCACAAUACAUAUUUAGACAACAGCAUUUCAAUAAAAUUUUUAGCCAAAUGCUAUCAAUGCUAGUGAUUACUCACGAAUAAAUUAAAUUUAAAAAUUUGCUGACAAAUCUAUUUAUAAAGUAUAAAAAUAAAAAUUGAUCGGCUAUAUUACCGAUGUAUGUGCAUUUGGCUUUGUAUGAUAGUUUAUUUAUUGUUUUUUUUCUACCAAGUUCUGAAAAAUUUUUUCUGCUGUAAAUCAGUAAUCAAAGUUGUUUCAUUUCAAACAAUCGUAAAUUAUUUUUACAUAUUUUUCACUCGCAUAAACUUAUAUCCUACAGUCUAUUGUAAGUCUAAUACAUGCUGUUAAAUAGUUUGUUGAUACGAUUGGUAUUGACGAACAGUGUCAACGAUCAUUAGUUUAAUAUAUUUUGAAAUUUCAAUUAAUUUAUUGCUUGUACAUAGUGUAAAUUGUACUUUAGCAUUAUAAUAUUGAUUGCUGAUUAUGAAGGAACUAUAUAACUUUUUCAUGUUUGAUUAUUCCAACAACCACUUAAUAAAUCAGGCUGUGCUGGUAAUUUGUGUAAAUAUUUUAUGCUUAAGGCGUUACGUACGAUUCCUAAUUAUGAUUAUUUAAUCAGUCACUUUUAGUUAUAAGAUACUGUCCAUGCACUAAUAAAAUUGUAAAAAGUUGAAAGAUUCAACUGUUUCUAUGUAAAUACAUUUUUAAUGAAA